AUGUCGCUGCAUCAAUGGACGGGAACUGAGGUGCAAACUACUAUGCCCGAGAUAUCUUCCUACCUUCGUUCAAUACCUCCAAAACCGAGCACAGUUUCCCCGGCUCCAUCGUGUGUCUGUGAAGAAGUGAUAUGCGCUCAAUCUUUUCCCGAGUCAUGCCUCUGUGCCAACCGAGCAGCCCAGAGCUGCUAUGCGAAGUGCGGUGGCCCCCAGCCCAUGAUGAAAUCAUGUACCGCAGGUGCACUCGUUGCGCGUGAGGUGGAGCCAGAAGCUUCAUCUGACCCCGAACAAGUGCCUGAACUGGCCAAAGAGUGUACAUGUGAAGAGACAAUGUGCAUACAGAUGUGGCCGGACUCAUGCUGGUGUGCGAAUGCGGCAGCGCAGCAGUGCUACAAGAAGUGUGGCGGCAGGAAACCGGUUCUCCAGAGCUGCCCGCCGCAACCAGUUGAUACGCCGACGAUACAAGUACCAAAUUCGACCACUUCAUCUACGCCUACAACCUUGCCCAAGCCAAUCAAUACGCACAAAAUAUGUGGAGGUGGACGAGCAAAUAUUUUAUUAUGCGAUCCUGGAGAGACGUGCAUCACUGACCCAUAUACGGGUGGGUGUGGGCCUGCCUGUGACGCAUUAGGUAUCUGCGUAAAGGACAAGAUGUGUGGUGGCUUUACAGGGCUUGCAUGCGAUGAGGAAGGUCAAGUGUGCCAUGAUGAUCCGCGAGACGAUUGUGACCCACUGAACGGUGGCUCAGACUGUGGAGGGUUCAUUGAAAGGUGGAUCCUUGGACCGUCUUACAAGCUCGAGAAUAACCAGCUUCUUGUAGGAAUACGACGUCAAUGGUUCUUUGAGUGCCAUGAUUACCUUAUGCAGUAA